CCGCACGAGCAAAAUUCCAAGUGUAGUCCUGCUUCUUCCCUACCUAGAAGAAGCCGUGACAAACGCCGCGUUUGACAUUCCACUCGAAGUCAGACUGAAAGGACACGGCUAAAGACGAAACCGGGGAACACCUCGUUGCUCGGACGAAUACUCGCCACAUUGCCUUUUCAUUCGGGCCAAAUGAUUGUCCAUUACACCGCUGGUGGUUGCCCAUUGAGAACAGUUGAUCUCAUCUCGACAGGAACGAUUUCUGGGCAACUUCAAGAAGACGCUGCUUCUCUUCUAGAGCUCUCUCACGGUGGCACACUGGCCAUUCGGCUUACUGCAAUCGAUCAAGAGGGUCAGGUUAACGCUCCACGCUGGGCAUUCCUUGAGGACGGGACGAGGUGAUCAUCAGCCCAAGCUGUCAAGUACGAGGUCCAAAAAUAGGAUUUGGCCGGUGUGCUGGGAGAAUCACUACGGCCAGUGGGGACUGCUGAACGGCUGCACGCGCGGAGUAUUGAGCGUGGUAGCCAGCAAUUUCCCGAUCGUGGGCCGGCCACAAGUAUUGAAGUACGCUACACGCCGCGAGGAGUAGUGAUAGCCUUCCGCAUCCUAGAAAUAUCCAUUUUUAACAUUUAUCAAUACCGCUAGACUUCAAGUACAUUGCGGUGAGAACUUUCUCACAAGACAGGCUCGACCUUGAACGAAGCUAUGGAGCAGAUAUCUCCUCUACCAGCAAUAAAGAGAUACAUUACGUCGCACAAUCCUAUAUCCGGGGCAUCUGUAUUGCUUCCUGAAGACCCUCUCAAUUGGAAAAGCUCAAAAGCAAAAGAUACCGCCGCAUGCGUCGCCUACACAACGACCGAAUUCCCUCCAAAGCUAAUGGACGAGCAGGACUUGGGAAAAUACAAAGAAACCAUGGCAGGCGGGAAACUAGGACUCGUUAAUCCCUCUGGUACUGUGUGCAGAGUUGUUGACUUCGCUCCAGGUAGAGAGGCGAUCAUGCACAGUACUAAGAGUCUGGACUAUGGCGUAGUCCUGGAAGGCGAAGUGGAAAUGGUCCUAGACUCCAAUGAGAGGUGCACAUUACAUAGAGGAGACAUUGUCAUUCAACGAGCAACGAUGCACGGUUGGAGAAACAGUUCGUCAGUCAAAUGGGCCAGAAUGCUUUUCGUGCUGCAGGAGUGCGAAGAUUUUGUGGUGGGCAAUCAUCAGGUGGUCGAGAAUCUUGAGGCCACUCAUGGUAGCUUUCUCUAUCAGAAUGGUGAUUCGAAUACAUCGAUAAAUGAAAUAUAA